AUGAGCGCAUCGUCCGCCUGGGCUGCCGGGCCGGACCAUGUCCGCCAACGCAACCGCACACCAUCGUCGACGUCCGUGAGCGCCACCUCACAAGCAAGUGAGGAGACCGAGUCUAUAACGGAGGAACACAAUGGAGAGCCUCGUCUCACAAAGACGUAUGGGCGUACCCCGGACGGGACUGUCUUUGUCGUCCCCGAAACACACGACAUGGUCUCGCAGCUCCUAGACCCCCGCGAACCCAAGAAUCUUUCCGAUGUCGUCGUGCUCGCUAUUCUCGCCCUUCACAUUUGGACCGCGUACGCCCUCCCUUCGAGCCUCAAACGACCGUUCUUCGCAUGCAUCUUCCUCUUCUGGCGCGCCUCGUACAACGUGGGAAUCGGCUACCUCUUGACAGUUCAGUCCAAGUACAAGCUUCUUGUCACUUGGGCCAAACGCUUGAACCUUUUUGAGAACCCCUCCACCGGGAAGAACCCCCGCCCAUGGCUCUACAAGUUCCUUGAGACUGAGCUCGAGGCCAAAAUUCCUAACGACUACAAGAUGGCACAGGCCCCCCUGGAGUACAACACUUGGCUUGUCUUCCGCCGCGUGGUCGAUCUUAUUCUCAUGUGCGACUUUGUCUCGUACUGUCUAUUUGCUAUCGUUUGUGCCCACCGGCCGGAGGGCGAAGGGUUUGUCAUUGCUGCUGCCCGUUGGGUCAUUGGCAUUGCUCUCGUUGGUUUCAAUCUGUGGGUGAAGCUUGACGCGCAUCGGGUCGUCAAAGAUUACGCCUGGUACUGGGGUGACUUCUUCUACCUCAUCGAGCAGGAGCUUACAUUCGACGGUGUGUUCGAGAUGGCCCCCCAUCCCAUGUACUCCAUCGGCUAUGCCGGGUACUAUGGCAUCUCUACGAUGGCUGCGAGCUACGAUGUGCUGUUUAUUUCCAUUCUUGCACAUGCUGCCCAGUUUGCUUUCCUCGCCAUUGUCGAGAACCCCCACAUCGAAAAAAUAUACAACCCACCCCCGCCCCGACAACGCGCCGAGUCUGGGGCUAGUGUCCACGCUGAAACCGGUCCGGAAUCCAAAAAGGCGACCACGGCCCCAGGCACUCCUCUCCCGGUUCACAACAUGGUGGGGAUCAAGAACUUUGACCCGUUCCGCAUUACGGAUUACACUUCCCUACUCCUCGUCGCCUGUUUUGCCGCUCUCGCCCUUGUGACCCCACCCACGUCCCUCUACCAGGCCCUCUUUGUUAUUAACGCCAUUGUUUGGCGGCUGUGGUACUCAAUUGGUCUUGGUAUCAUCCUCACCAAACAGUCAAACGAGAAGAUGUUCACGAGGCACUUCCUCAAAUUUGGUGAAACUGCAAACGAAGCUUGGCGCCAGUGGAGGGGCAUGUACCACUUGAGCAUGACCCUUUGCCAUGCCUCCUUCCUCGCUGCCUGCUGGAAGAUGUACCAUUAUCCGGCAGAUUGGGGCUAUGGCUGGGUCCUUCUCAAGCAUGUGGUUGGCCUGAGCUUGGUGGCACUCCAGAUCUGGACCGCUACAAGUAUUUACGAGUCCCUGGGCGAGUUUGGCUGGUUCUACGGUGACUUCUUCUUUGAUAGCACCGGAAAGCUGACCUACAAGUCCAUUUACCGGUUCCUCAACAACCCGGAGCGCAUCAUUGGUACUGCCGGAUUGUGGGGUAUGGCUCUUAUUACCUGGAGUCGUGCCAUCUUCUUGAUUGCUCUCAUUGGGCACAUCUUGACGCUCGGUUUCAUCUCGUAUGUCGAGAAGCCUCACAUGCAAAAGAUUUAUGGCGAGAACCUGCGCAAGGAGGCUGGUCUGACCAAGUUCAUCAAGCGCUCGCUUCCUCGCCCUGUCAAGGGGCUACAGAUGAGCGUGGACAAGGUAUGGGAGGAUUCCAAGCAUUUCUUCGACGACUUUGUCGACGUUGCGCGCACAAGGCUGGGAACCGGCUCAUCCACUAUCGCCCGGGACACCUCUGCGUUGUUCAACAAGUACCCGGCCCGUCUUACUCUCAGCCGUAUCUCCCCCGACCUCGCCGGCUACGACCCCAAGCACUACAGCAUCUCCAUGGAGAGCACACCCCUUGUGGGCGGCGACGAGAAGGCCACCGGCAAAGAAAGCGCAACCGCCCGCGUUGCUAAGCCCGUGAAGACCAAGGUGUUUGAGUAUGGCGCCCCAAUCCGCGUCAAGUGGACCGCCCCUGUCAACCACAGCAAGAAGGACUGGGUCGGCCUGUACAUGGUCACCGACAACCGGUCGCGCGACGUAACCGAGGUCCCCUCGCUCGGCCGCUGGGUUCCGACCUGCGCCAACGAAUAUGACACUAGCACCGACCAGGGUAUCGUCUCCUUUGACCGCCCAGCCACCGGUUCCACGGCUUCCCCCGACGUCGACCUCGUCCAGGGCGAGAUGGUCUUUGAAGGUGACAAGCUUUGGUGGACCCAGGGUGUCUUCGAGUUCCGUUACCACCACGCUGGUGCCCACAACGUCAUGUCGAUUUCCGAGCCCUUCGAGGUCCGCCUGGCCAAGGUUGAUGACGAGGACAGCGGAAUCGAAGCCGCGGCGCGGCCUCAAGACGUCGAGGCCGCACUACUGCCGAUUGUGCGUAACUGUUUGGAUCGUGACCCGGACAUCGCGCCAGCCACAGUGGAGGAGCGGUUCGGCGCACAUGUGGAGAGAGACAGCAAGUAUGCUAAGCGCGUCGUGUAUGCCAUUCAUCACAUGUUUGGUGUCGAGUUUGCGCCGGCGGUUGUGCCGGCUGAUGGGACGGUGCGGAAACUGGCCUGGCGUGUGUGCAGUGCGAAGGAAGUCCUGGCACCGUACAGUAUGUCUGAGAGACAGAGUCCCUCCACCCCUGUUCGGGACAAGUUCCCGAACGCGCUGUAA